AGGGAGCCACAAUCAGAUUACAAUUAGGAUGAGUGCGGAUGCCAGCGGGGAUGGCGGCAUGACGUCGUGUCUGAACCUCAUGCGCCGCAUGCCGCCACGUGAGGUGGAGACGGACGUGUACAACCUCACGCGUCUUGUCCCCUCUAUUGCAGACGAUCUGUACCAGCGCGUGGAUCAGCCUCUCCAAGUGGCUGUGGACCCCGCCAACGGCCGCAAGUAUCUACUCUGCGACUACAACCGCGACGGCGACUCGUAUCGCUCCCCGUGGACCAAUCAAUACGACCCUCCAGCAGCCGAUGGAGAAGGUUUCUACCCGUCCGAGACGCUGCGUGAGCUAGAGAUACAGGCCAACGAGAUCUUUGACUCGUACCGUGAACUGUAUUACCAGGGCGGCAUCUCGUCCGUCUAUAUGUGGGACUUGGAACCGGGUUUCGCUGCCUGCUUCCUCGUCAAGAAGGACGUUGUAGACCAGCGAUUCGUGGAGAAAGGAGGGUGGAACUCUAUCCACGUGAUUGAGGUGCAGGAGGGCAGCGACGUGCUGGACAAGGGCGUCAAGAAGGCCACGUACCGCCUUACGACGUCCGUGCUAUUGUCCAUGAAGGUCAAUCGCCCCGAACUGGGCGAUUUGACGCUGGACGGAACGCUCACGAGGCAGGCGGAGCGCACUAUGGAGUUUGAAGAUCAAUUUGCUCAUGUGUCCAAUAUGGGACGCAUGGUUGAGGACAUGGAGAUCGACAUGCGCUCUAGUCUGGAUGGACUAUACAUCUCCAAGACUCGCGAAGUGAUUAAUGGCAUGCGUAAACUGCAACAAGGACCGGCCAUGGCGAACCCGUUUGUCGGUGAACUAAACAGCGCUGUGCUCAAGCACGGUCAGAAGAAGCAGCAGGAGUAAAGAAAACACUUUUUUCAAUGGAACUUUGGCAAUAAAGCCACUUCACUACCCCGACUUGCACUCCUGACACGUACCUCCUGCAAAUUUGCCUCUUCAGGGUGACCUAACAAACGGUGGACAUGUCGAUUGUCGUGACAGGCACGUCACGACCUUGGCAUUUUGUUCUUCAUCCAGCGCUGGACCGCCGCUCGUUGAGCACUCAGUGGACGAAUAGUCUGAAACCUCCCCCGAACCGCAUCCAUAGUAUCAAAUAGGCUGAAAUCCAUAGACGCGAAAUCAACAUGUAGGUCUGUCGCAGUAGAAGAACCAAACAACCGGUGAGCAUCAAGAGUUCCGAUGGGAUUCCUAUCGUAUGUAGUCACCGGCCUGCGAGGUAUUUCAAAUUGGCCAUUUACAAUAGAAUCCAAACGAUACUUGGAAGCGCUGAGGUCAUCGCUAAGAUGAACACUGAGAGC